AUGACGAGUGCGUCUACGUCAUCUAGUAGUGCCGGAGUGAAAAGGAAAGCUUUGUCUAUUGACGAUAAAUUGAGAAUUAUUAAACUAUUGCCCUCCUCUUCGUUGCGGACCAUAUUGAAGAACCGGAAAGAAAUUGAAAAAAACGCUUUUUCAGGCAGUACGAAACGUCAAAAGGUUAGAAAUGGUAAAAAUGAGCAGUUGGAAAAUAUUUUGUUGGAGUGGUUUCGACAAGCUCGCACAUUAAAUUUGGCUGUAAAUGGUCCCGUUUUGACAGAAAAAGCAAAUGAGAUCGCAAAAAGGUUGAACAUAACGGACUUUGGUGGAUCUAAUGGUUGGCUUGAUCGUUUUAGAAAAAGGCACGGUAUUGUCUAUCGUAAAAUUUGUGGGGAAGCCGAUGCUGUAGAUGACAACAGUAUUAAAUCGUGGAAAGAGACAAUUCUACCAAAUUUGUUGAAAGAUUAUUCACCCGAGGAUAUAUACAAUGCUGAUGAGUUUGGCUUGUUCUUUAAAUUGAUGCCAGAUAAGUCACUUGUGAUGAAAGACGAAACAUGUCAUGGUGGUAAGUUAAGUAAGGACCGGUUAACUGUUUUAACUUGCUCAAAUUGGUCUGGAACUGACAAGCUAAAACUUUUGGUAAUAGGUAAAUCGAAAUCCCCCCGAUGUUUUAAAAAUGUACACACUUUACCGUGUGAUUAUAAAGCUCAAAACCGUGCGUGGAUGACUGGAAGUUUAUUCAUUGAAUGGGUUCAACAGCUCAACUGCGAGUUCGUUAAACAGAAAAGAAACAUCCUUUUAUUUGUCGAUAAUUGCCCUGCUCAUCCGAAAGAAAUAACCCUUACAAAUAUCAAACUUGUGUUUUUCCCGCCAAAUGCUACGAGCAAGCUUCAGCCCCUUGAUCAAGGUGUGAUCAAAGUUUUAAAACAGAAAUACCGUAAGAAAUUAGUUCAACGGUAUUUACUAGAAAUGGAAUCGGUGACCGAUGCAGAAAUCCCCAAAAUCAAUGUUUUAGAUGCUAUUCAUUAUGUUUCAAUUGCGUGGGAUGAGAUAAAACCAGAAGUUAUUAAAAACUGUUUCAACAAAGCCUAUUUUGAUAACGUCUCACAAGAAGACCCUCACGUUUUGGACUCAGACGAAUUUCGGGACUUUGAGGAGGUUUAUCCAGGCUACACAUCCAUUGACGACCAAUUAAUAACGAACGAGGCACUAGAACUUGAAGAAAUUAUCAAUCAGGCUACAGUAAACGAUGAACCAGAUGAGCCAAGUGAUGAUGAGGAAGAAUACAUUCCACCACUUCCGUCAAUCGCUAGUACUGUACAAUCAAUAUCUACAUUGAGACAGGCACUUACUGCAACUGAUGGCUCCGAAAACAUGCUUCUAUAUCUAGGUAGGGUGGAAAAUUUCUUAUUGAAUAAAUAUAAAAAUAAUGUAUUGAAACAACCAACCAUUACCACUUUUUUUAAUCCAAGAAAAUAA